AUUGUUGUUUAUUGACACUUGACAGUUCAGUAUACAGUAUAGUAAUAAUGGAAAAUAAUUUAGAAGAAUUCUUUGCAGUUUCCCUGGAAUUAACAAAAAAAGCCGGAACGUUAAUUAGAGAGCGACUAAAUGAGAAAAAAACUGUCGAGACCAAAUCCUGUGACAUAGACUUUGUAACGGAAACCGACAAGCAAGUCGAAAAGCUUCUCAUUGAGGGAUUAACCGAAGCUUUCCCAACACAUCAGUUUAUUGGAGAGGAAAGCGUGGCGGAAGGUGCCCAGUGUAGUCUCACCGAUGAUCCGACGUGGAUUAUUGAUCCAGUAGAUGGAACCUUAAACUUCGUACAUGGAUUUCCGCACUCUUGUAUAUCUGUAGGCUUAUUUAUAAACAGAGAACCGCAGAUUGGAAUUAUCUACAAUCCCAAUUUGGAGCAGUUGUUUACAGCAAAAAAAUCUGAAGGUGCGUUUUUAAAUGAGAAAAGAAUUCACGUUUCAGAUACAGCAUCUUUGUCAAACGCUUUGAUUGCUUUUGAAAAUGGAACAAGUCGUGAUCCAGAAAAGUUGAAGGUUUUAUUGGAGAAUUACAAGGCACUAGUUCCGUUAACGCAAGGAAUGAGAGCACUGGGUUCUGCCGCUUUAAAUAUGGCUAUGGUAGCUAUGGGUGGUGCAGACGCCUAUUUUGAGUAUGGUACUCACAUUUGGGAUAUCGCUGCUGGGGAGUUAAUUGUGAAGGAGGCGGGAGGUGUUUUUAUUGACCCCUGUGGGGGUGAGGUUGAUCGAAUGUCACGACGUUUUCUAUGUGCAAGCACUAGAAGCCUUGCUGAUGAGCUUUCCAAAAAUUUAGUUCAAUAUUAUCCCAUGCCUAGAGAUUAAUUGGAAUUAUUUAUGUUUAAUUUUAUCUGUUAACCAAAGCAUAUAUUAAUGUAUUGUAUUAUAUUAAAUUAUAUCCAAAAGUGUUAUACUUGA